CUCGAGAGCGAGCACGUACCCCCGGGGGCGAGCGCGGCUGGCGGCUCCUUGGCGCGGAGCAGGGGUACUCGGCGAGGGAGUCAUCAAGCUUUGGUGUAUGUGUUGACCAGUUCUGACAUCUCCUUGAAGGAGUGCCGCAUUGAGGAAGAUCAAAACAAGAUUGUUUGCAAAUUUUAGGGAAUGGACCGUUUGGGUUCCUUUAGCAAUGAUCCCUCUGAUAAGCCACCUUGCCGAGGCUGCUCCUCCUACCUCAUGGAGCCUUAUAUCAAGUGUGCUGAAUGUGGGCCACCUCCUUUUUUCCUCUGCUUACAGUGUUUCACUCGAGGAUUUGAGUACAAGAAACAUCAAAGUGAUCAUACCUAUGAGAUCAUGACCUCAGAUUUUCCUGUUCUUGACCCCAGCUGGACUGCUCAAGAAGAAAUGGCCCUUUUAGAAGCUGUGAUGGACUGUGGCUUUGGAAAUUGGCAGGAUGUAGCCAAUCAGAUGUGCACCAAGACCAAGGAAGAGUGUGAGAAGCACUAUAUGAAGCAUUUCAUCAAUAACCCUCUGUUUGCGUCUACCCUGCUGAACCUGAAGCACGCGGAGGAGGCGAAAACUGCUGACACAGCCAUACCAUUUCAGUCUACAGAUGACCCUCCCCGACCUACCUUUGACUCCUUGCUUUCUCGGGACAUGGCAGGAUACAUGCCAGCUCGAGCAGAUUUUAUCGAGGAGUUUGACAAUUACGCAGAAUGGGACUUGAGAGACAUCGAUUUUGUUGAAGAUGACUCGGACAUUUUACAUGCUCUGAAGAUGGCUGUAGUAGAUAUCUAUCAUUCCAGGUUAAAGGAGAGACAAAGACGAAAAAAAAUUAUAAGAGACCAUGGAUUAAUCAACCUGAGAAAGUUUCAGUUAAUGGAACGGCGGUAUCCCAAGGAAGUCCAAGACCUUUACGAAACAAUGAGGCGAUUUGCAAGGAUAGUGGGGCCAAUGGAGCACGACAAGUUCAUUGAAAGCCACGCACUGGAAUUUGAACUCCGAAGGGAAAUCAAGAGGCUCCAGGAAUACAGGACAGCAGGCAUUACCAAUUUUUGUAGUGCCAGAACCUAUGACCACCUCAAGAAGACGCGAGAGGAGGAGCGCCUUAAACGCACCAUGCUCUCGGAAGUCCUACAGUACAUCCAGGACAGCAGUGCUUGCCAUCAGUGGCUCCGGCGGCAGGCUGACAUUGAUUCUGGCCUGAGCCCUUCUAUUCCGAUGACUUCAAAUUCAGGGGAUCAAUUAAAGGAUUUGUAUCCUGAGCAGAAACGCAAGGAUUUCUUUAUAAGUUGGAGACUUGAGGUAUUUCUGUUUGUUAUCUUUAUCUCUUUGGGUAUGUCCUCUAUUUUGAGGUUAGUUUUCAGAGCAAGCUUAAAGCCAGAUGUUAUCUGGUAAUCCGUACUUUGGGGUGGUAUGAUUUCUAGAGCUCUGAUCCAAAAUUGUAGUGUUGUGGUUUUUUUUGCCAGUUCUCUUGGUUAUUAUUCACCCCUGCUCCAUAUGCUAUAUUAGCCACUUUCCUGUAUCAGAACAUACAGACCACUCCCCUGUAGAGACAGGACUAGUGAAAAAGAUGACCCAGUUGCAGUUUUACCAUUCUUUGGAAGCUUGAAACAAUAGACCUUGUGAUCCCAUUUAAAAUCUCUCAGAUUCAGGAUCUAGACAGGGCUCAGAGAUGGUUACUCUAGGGAUAUUUUUUAAAAAAUUGAUUCCUUUGUUUCAGGUGAUUAUUUCUUAAUACUUAAAAGAGAAAAGAGAGUCUUUUAGAGAGUAGUCACGACAGAUAAAUCCAAAUUUUAUUUUACAAAUUUCUUACUUCUAACCCUGCCCCCCGAAUCUAAAUACAGAAAUACAAAUAAGAAAAAUACAAUUUUUAUGAUAAUUAAUAAUUUGGUGUUUGCAUUUUUGGAACCAUCCGUACUCAUUUAUUCUUUGUUGCUUCCUAGGCUGGUGUUAGCCUUUCUCACCCCCUGUAUUUAGGUUGAGGAGACCCCUUGUUCCUCUUCAUGCUCUCCGUUGCUCCUAAGGCAGUACAAAGUAGAAAGCCUGGAUCAUUAAUUACAACCUAGCCUCUGGUAACUUUGGUGAGGUACCAGAUGAUUUUAGUCUCCCUUUUUGAGCACUUAGGGGAAGGCUAGCCCUACUGGUUAUGGAGAAGCUUUUAUUCCCUUGUUGAUACUACAGAGAAGCCUGUUUUCUCUCAGAGCAGCCUGUAACACUCCCUCCCUAUUUCUCUCCACCUCCUUAAAGGCAGCCCCCAUAAAACUUGGUUAAUACAUUAUUCUACAUUUUCUUUUGCCUAACUCAGCCCACCUAUCUCCCACCUGAACACUAACCCAAAUAUAUAUUCAAAACAAAAGCAAAAAAUUUUACACAUGAAACUUACCAUCCUGGGCAGUGACCUCAUACUUGGGUUUCUCUCUCAGUAUGUGAGUUCACCUCAGCUUCUGGUUGCCAUAUAAUGGCUCAUUGUUCCUCUGUGUGGAUCUUUCAGGUAAACAGGGCUUCUUUGGAAGGAACAGAUAUUCCCUCACAUAAUAAAUAAGAAAGGCCUUUUGCUGGCCUAACAGUCUGCCUUUGAUCCAAAAGCAAAUGGUACUUGGUUAAUUACCGU